UCAAUAGUGGAUUCAGCACACCGCCCAGUCGUACCGGCGAUCUCCAGGCCGUUUUGGUUCAAGAUAUCUCGGGCAGGCUCGGGUAGCGCCAUUCUACCGAACUUUUACACUUAGUCGGUCUGCUUAGGCGGCGAGCGACGCCACGCGGCUUGAAAUGGCGAGCGAUGCAAUCAAGCAGGAGGAAGGGGUGGCUCCCGCCGGCCCAGCCGGGUCAAUUUCUCCGGCGUCCAGCAAGUCUUCUCUGCCCACGCCCAAGUCCGUCACUCCGGGCAAGAGUAUAAAGACGUCACAAUCCCCCAAGACAGCCUCCAAGGGCUCGAGCUCUGGGUCGCGACGACCGCCGCGCAAGAGCACGCUUACCCAACAGCAGAAGAACCAGAAGAGGCAGCGCGCGACACAGGACCAACUAGCAACUCUCGAGUUGGAAUUCAGCAAGAACCCUACGCCCACAGCGACUGUUCGCGACAGGAUAGCGGAGGAAAUUAAUAUGACCGAACGGUCUGUUCAGAUUUGGUUCCAGAACCGGCGAGCCAAGAUCAAGAUGCUUGCCAAGAAAAGCCUUGAAAGCGGUGAAGACAUGGACUCGAUUCCCGAGUCGAUGCGGCAGUAUCUGGCAAUGCAGGCCAUGGAAUCUGGCAAGAAUAUCCCAGGCUUCUUUGGCCGCACUGGCCUCAUGCCCUAUGGCCAUCAAGGAAUGAUGGGCGGCGAGCAGGCAGGGCCGGCCAAAGUCUUGAUUCACCACCUGAACUGCCGAUCGCUCACCAUCGGGAGGUGGAUGCGGGUUGGCCAGAACGCGAUGGACCUAAUCAUCUUCUACUCCCCCGACAAGUGCACCAUGACCUACUACAUCAACAACGAUCAGGCCGGGUACAAGAUUGAGUACCCGUUUUCAUAUAUCAAAAACAUCUACCUCAAUAACGCCGAAGGUGAUCACAUGGGAGGAAUCACGAUCGAACUCUUGCACCCUCCGAACUUCUUCAUGGACUCGUCGACUACCGCGACCUUCAUCCAGGUCCGCGAUUUUACCGAGGAUCUCCAGGCUUCCACAGUACUCACACAUCACCUUGGUGGAAACCCCAAGGUGCUCAGUGGUCAGCUGGCCAAGCUAAUCAGCCUCGAAGCUUUCAUCCACCGUCAUAGUGCCUCCCCUCCGAUGCUCGACCAGUUUCACCCAAUGUCCAUGUCUGCUCCGGUUUCACCCAUCCCGCGGCCGUCAUCGCAGCCGAAUUUUGCGCAGCCGCAUGUGGGCAUGUAUCAGGAGUCGCAAUGGGGCAUCACGGCGCAUCAGACCAUGAUGAUGCGGGGACCUGGACACAAGAGACAGCGCAGCCGUAGUGUGCCCGGCCCAAUUGACUUCCAGACCAUGCAGUUGCUGCAACAGCCGCCGAGUUUCCAUAUUACCCAGCCCGAAAACAUGCCCCCGGCGCACAAUCCCCACAUCUUCAGCCCAGUCCCUCAGCAGCCUAACCUUUUGGGUCCUGUGGGACCGAACCUGCGCAUCGACACGCGGGCUUCUUUCGGCUCUUUGGACAUGCGAUCUUACCCGCUCUCUGCGACGACGGCGCCUUCUCCGUCUGAGUUCUCGAGCCCUAACUUUUUCGCAUCGCAGGCACCGGAGAAUAACGGCAUUCCCGCAGCCAGCUUCACUCCAUACAGCGGGACUUUCUCUCCGCUAGUCAAUCCUGCGAACCUGGGCGUGCCUCCUUCUAUUUCACCCCUCUCCUUUAACCACCCAGAUCCGGCCAUCGUGGGGGAAUCACCGCCAAUGUCGGUACCUCCUAUUGGCGAAGGGUCAGCUAUCUCGGACGAUGGAACGAGCUUGAACGACAUGUACCCAGCGAAUAAGCAUACCAUGUCGCUACCUCUCCACCCACAUUCGCCGUUCACGGAGCCGCACCAGGCUGACAUGGAGCUCAAUCAGUUCAUGGAUCUCAAAAACUUUGAGGGUGACCAUGCCUCCCUAUCGCCAGAGAGCGUGCAAGCCCAAUGAGCAGGGAGGUCUGGAAGCUCCCCAUUUCCCUUGCCUUCGGCGUCCGCCUUGGGCGGUGCCUAGUGUCUCCUCUGAUCAGCCAUACAUGGUCAAUGGCUUGCAAGAUACCCGUCGAGAUCCUGUUUCCGAUUUCUCUGUUGCUGGCGUUUGGAGGUCUUUGCAUUGUAUAUAUCCGGGUUCCAGCGGCUGUCGUUCCCCAUACUGUUUGCUCAAAACACUA